AAAAUGCCUUUAUUUAGUAAUAAGUUUACUCCUAAAACGAUUCCUGUGCGAAGAACAGAUACAUCGGUGAUAAAGAAGGAAUUCGGUAGUGACUACGCGUCUAAAGAGCUUUCGUUGGAGUUGAGCCCGCCAAAAAUAAAGUUUGGGGACUUUGAGGUCACUUUUGAAGAUGGACAAUGGAUACCAGCAUCAGGCAAAGCCGGGGCAGCUCACAAAGAAAUAAUAAGACUAAAGAACGAGCUAGAACAGUUAGAGGAGGAGAACAACAUGCUGCGUCUCAAGUUCGAGAUAUUGUUAGACAUGAUGACAGAUAAGACUGUGGAGGCGGAGCAAGCGGAGAUGCAGAGAGUACAGAGCUUGAGCUCGCUUAAGCAGAAGAGUAAAAAGCAGAAAUGGUAGCAUGUACGCAGAUGAUCCAUUAUCCC